GUGCCACAAUUCUUGCUGGAGCAUGCAUCGGAGAAUAAUCAGCCAUUGCGAAUUGUAUGUACUCAACCGCGUCGGCUACCAGCAAUCGCUGUGGCAAAUCGUGUUGCUAGAGAGCGUGGAGAAAGCCUUGGUUCCACUGUCGGCUAUCACAUUCGCCUAGAGCAGAGGACUUCGCCUCAAACUGUCCUCACGUACUGUACAAGUGGUGUUCUGCUGAGAAUGCUAACGCAAGAUGAUGCAGCGCGUGAUAUAUCCCACAUCAUUCUGGAUGAGAUACAUGAGCGGGAACAGAAUACCGAUUACUUGUUGAUAGCGCUGAAACAGGCCUUGAAAAAGCGGAACGAUUUGAAGGUGAAAUUCAACAGCCGUACCACAAUUUAUCCUACUAUAUGUGUUUAUUAG